AUGAAAGCUGUUAUUUUAAUAUUUACAACUCUGUUGUCCAGCACUUACAACACUGUAGAAAGAAACUCAUCAAAAACUGAUGACACACAAUCAUUGACUACAAGCGAUAAUAUAAUGACAUCUGGUUUCAAUGAAGAUUCAACACGAGCCACCCUCAUGCAGCUAGAUGAUUUAGUCAGUUUAACUCUAUUCAAUUUCACUGAUCCUGGAACAACUGCAUAUGAUGUAUGUGUUGAAAUGUCAGAUACAUUUCGAGCUGAAGGGUGA